ACCUAAACGUUAGUCUUGUUAAAAAGUACGCACAUAAAUUGAAUUUCAAACACAAAAUGUCCGAAAUUAACAAAAAAAAGGGAUUAACAGAAAGAAACGAACAAAAACAAAAACGUCUCAAAGUCGAAAAUGAACGCCUCAAUGUCGAAAAUGAACGCCCCGGAUCCAAAAUCGAACUAAAUAAAAGUUUAGCAUCAGUUUCACACGAACACCUCGAAGUCAAAAAUGAACGCCUCAAAGUCGAAAUUGAACGCCUCAAAGUCGAAAUUGAACGCCUCAAAGUCGAAAAUGAACGCUUCGGAUCCAAAAUCGAACUAAAUAAAAGUUUAGCAUCAGUUUCACACGAACACCUCGAAGUCAAAAAUGAACGCCUCAAAGUCGAAAUUGAACGCCUCAAAGUCGAAAUUGAACGCCUCAAAGUCGAAAAUGAACGCUUCGGAUCCAAAAUCGAACUAAAUAAAAGUUUAGCAUCAGUUUCACACGAACACCUCGAAGUCAAAAAUGCACGCCUCGAAGUUAAAAAUGAACGCCUCAAAGUCGAAAAUGAACGCUUCGGAUCCAAAAUUGAACUAAAUAAAAGUUUAGCAUCAGUUUCACACGAACACCUCGAAGUCAAAAAUGCACGCCUCGUAGUCGAAAAUGAACUCCUCAAAGUCGAAAAUGAAUCCCUCAAAUUAAAAAAUAAACGCCUCGAACUAGCUAUAAGUCUUGUAAAUACGACACAUAUAUUAUUAUCAGUUUCACAUAAACCAAAAGAUGCAAAUAUAAAUAAGUAUAAAGUAAAUUUUUCGGAAGAAAUGGAUUAUAAUUUAUCAUCAUCAUUCAAAGCAACAACAAAUACAGUUGAAAAUGAAAACAAUCUUAAUUUAUCUAGUGAUAAUGAUGAUGAAAUCAAGAAUCAAUCGCAACAAAUUAACACUGAACAGCUGGGAAAAUCUAUAUUGGAUGAUUUAUUAACUCUCUUCAAAUAUAACGAAAACGAUAAAGAAUAUUUAGAGAAACUCACUACAAUAAAAUCUCUUAUGUCUUUCAACAAAAUACAAUUUUUACGAGAUAAUAUACGAUAUAGAAAAAUUCUAGGCUUUAUUUACCACUUUGGCAUUAAUAGUAAAAUUGAGGCUUUAAAAUGGUUCCAACUGUCAGCAAAAGACAAGAACACUCGAGCACGAUUUAUUCUAAGUAAACUCUCAAAUUUAUUCAAUAAUAUUGAGUUAAAAGACAUAAAUAUUCAAAACGAAAAAAUUAAACUCUUUCAUGGAAUAACUGAUCAAGAAUUUCAAAUUAUACAAUCUUCCCUGCCAGCAAUCAAAAAUGAUUCAACGCCCUUGCUUGAAAUUACCACUGGUAAAAGUUUUUUAUUGAGACGGACUACAACAUCUGAAUUAUCCUCACUAUCACAAGGAAUAACGAAGGAACAGAACUCUAUUCAGGAAUCAUUUAUCAAUGAAGCAUACGAUGAAGCGAAGACAAACAAUAUUUAUUUUGAAAUCUUAAGUGAACAACUAUCGAUCGUAUUUGAUUUUCAAACUUUAAAGCCAACUGAGAAUUUAUGUUUAUCAAUUCAAAAAGCCUUGAAAUCGAAUACACCAAUUGAAAAUUUAAAGCAUGUAUUUCAAAUAUUUGGUCAUUAUUUUCACACAAAAAUAAUCUUCGGAAAUAAAUUGCAAAGGAAUGUUCAAUUAUCUUCUCAAGAGAUGGAGGACGAAACAAAGAAAUUUGAUGAUUUUUCUGAAAUAGACCCUUUAUUAAAAAACUUGAGAGAAUUGGAUCAAUCAUUCGAUUCCUCUUAUAUGAUAGCAAUGGACGGUUAUCCGAAAAGACUAAGCCAAAUCUCUGAAUGGCUUGACACAGUACUACAUCAAGAAUCUGAGUGGUAUAUUGAGAAUUUUGUGUUAAUGUUCAACACGACAUCACUUUUGGAUUAUGACUCUGAGUAUCAGCGAAUUGAAUAUGAUAGUCAAUUGAAAAGUAAUACUUAUCAAUUGUUUGGCAAUGUAGUGACUUGCAGUGAAGAAAAGUUAGAAAGUGUCUAUGUGAAAUUUAGUAUGAAAACUAAAUUUGGAUUUUCGGUUAGCUGGCAUGAUUUUCGACAAGAUUAUAUUCAGGCAGAUGAUAAAUCAAAUUUUGACAGUGCAAGGAGGCCUUAUAAGCUUCGAUGGAUGUUAAUCGGUUGCCCAAGUGAAAUCGGAUAUUUCGAUCCUAAUACUCGUGAUAUAUCAGUUAACAUUGGAUUUGAAGAAUUGAAACUUACACAUGAUCUUGAAUCUGUGAAAAUUGAUGUUGGAAAAUCACUUUUUCAACAAGAUAUUGUCGCGUUCGAUAUCGAAUAUGCUUCCUUACCAAGUUUUUUAUUCUUCCAUACGAAUAUUGAAAAAUGGCAAGAGAGUGGAACUCUUAAAAUGCAAAUCGCAACAAUAGAGGAGGAAAAUAAAGCUAUAUUGACUGAUGAAGACGAGGAAGCCAUGUUGAUUGAUGAAAACGAGGAAGCUAUGUUGAUUGAUGAAGACGAGGACUUCACUAUUACAGUUCGGUGGUGCGUAUUAAACCUUAAAAAGAAUUCGGAAGUCAAUAUUUGGAACCAGUUGGGAAAACUAGGAGAAUUUUUAGAAUAA